GAUGGUCAUUUCGGUCUGCGUUAGAGGCUUAGUGCCGAGAGGGUAAGCCUUCUCUCUGUGCUUCGAGUUUCACUUCACACUUCACACUUCACAGACUCGCACUGCUUAUGGUUAUGGCUUCCAUUUCUCUCUCCUUCUCUUCUUCCGUCGUUCCCUCUCCAAUUCCACACGACAAGUUCAAGAACACCUCUAAAACUAACAACCCUAGAUCCCAAGAUUCCUCCUUUAGUGUUAUCCGCUUCGCAAUUUCUUCUCCAACAAACUCAACAACUGCUUCUUCUUCUGCUUCUUCGGUUGCCAAGAAGAGACACUGGAAGCAAGGAGAGUACCCUGGCGUGUCAGAAACAUCAUUAACCGGGAGUACGAGGAGGUCCCCGAUCAAGAACAUCAAGAAGAAAUUAGACAAAAAGAACAAUGCAAAAGCCUGGGUCAACACUGUCACUGAAGCCUUGUGUGAACACAUCGACAAAAAGCAGUGGCUUCAAGCCCUAGAGGUAUUUGACAUGCUUAAAGAACAUUCAUUUUACGAACCCAAAGAAGGGACUUACAUGAAACUGAUUGUGUUGCUUGGUAAAUCCGGUCAACCCCACCGUGCCCGCCAGCUGUUUGAAACAAUGAUUAAAGAAGGUUGUGACCCUACUUCUGAACUUUACACGGCCUUAUUAGCUGCAUAUUGCAGGAGCAACCUCAUUGAUGAGGCUUUUUCGAUUCUUAAUGAGAUGAAGAACCUCCCUCUUUGCCAGCCUGAUGUUUUCACUUACAGCACCCUGAUAAAAGCCUGCAUGGAUGCUUUGAAGUUUGAUAUGGUUGAGUUGCUAUAUGAAGAGAUGGCAGAAAGAAAUAUCACGCCUAACACCGUCACUCAGAACAUCGUGUUGAGUGGUUAUGGUAGGGCAGGGAUGUUUGACCUGAUGGAGAAAGUGUUGUCAAGUAUGCUGCACAGCACUACAUGCAAGCCUGAUGUUUGGACAAUGAACAUAAUCAUCAGUGUCUUUGGUAACAUGGGCCAGAUUGAUACGAUGGAAAAGUGGUAUGAAAAAUUCCGAAACUUUGGGAUAGAACCGGAAACACGAACUUUUAAUAUCUUGAUUGGUGCUUAUGGAAAGAAGAGGCUGUAUGACAAAAUGUCAUCUGUGAUGGAGUAUAUGCGCAAGUUGCAAUUUCCCUGGACAACUUCUACGUAUAACAAUGUGAUUGAGGCAUUCGCAGAUGUAGGCGAUGCUAAACAUAUGGAGUGUACGUUUGAUCAGAUGCGUGCCGAGGGUAUGAAAGCGGAUACUAAGACUUUCUGCUGCCUUAUCAAUGGGUAUGCAAAUGCUGGCCUCUUCCACAAAGUAAUUAGCAGUGUUCGCCUGGCCGCAAAGUUUGAGGUACCUGAGAACACAUCCUUUUAUAACGCAAUCUUGUCUGCAUGUGCAAAGGCUGAGGAUUUGAUGGAGAUGGAGAGGGUUUUCAAGCGCAUGAAGGAUAAACAGUGUCGACCAGAUGAAACAACAUUCUCCAUCAUGGUAGAGGCAUAUAGAAAAGAGGGUAUGAAUGACAAGAUAUACUAUUUGGAGCAGGAAAAACAGGCAAUGAUGGCUGAUGAUAAUACAGUGGAUAACCCCGAGGAUGAACAUCAUGAUUUAUCUGUGGUUUAUAGUUAAAUGUGCUUGGAAAUCUCUUUUCUCUCAUCUCCAUUUCUGGAGCAGCUGUUUGGUUAUUUUUGACAUGGAAGGAGUUGUCAGUUGCGUAAUCAAGCUUCAUAUUUUCGUGAUGGAUGAGAACAACUCCUGUCUAGCUUCCCAUAUGGUUAUUGUAGAGUUCAAUGUCAUUUUCGGCAUCCUUUUAACGCGGAGAAGAAUUCAAGUAUCUGCACUGUUUUGGUGUACAGGGUUAAUUCACUGAUAGUAGAGGUGAAUAGUCUUAGUCAAAUUUGAGUCCUGUUAAAUUAAUGUCUGAAAGGAAAGUUUAUACCGAAAGGCUUAAAUUAGGGUGCUGGUACUAGUACAGUUCCAAUCCACAGUUCUUUUGUGGUUUAGGAAGUUGUAUGAUAUUUGGAUUAUAUAUAAUAACCAGACAGUGCAGAAGUGAA